AGCCGGUCGCCAUCACGAUCAUCCUCCUCCUCCUCCUCCUCCUCCUCUUCGUCCGACUCCGUCUCCAGCUCCUCCCACAAAAAGCGAAAACACAGCAAAAAGGACAAGCAUACCAAAAAGCGGUCUUCCAAAUCGAAAGAGAAGAAGAAGAAGGCCGAUAAGAAGAAGGAGAAAGACAAAAAGAAGAAGAAGAAGAGCAAGAAGGAUAAGAAGGAGAAGAAACAUGGGAACGGAGGGACUGCGGUGUAUGGCGCGCAUGGAAUCAUCACGAUUGCCGAUAUGUAUCGCAAGGAGGCGGAGUUUAGGACGUGGCUGGUUGAGGUUAAGAAUUCGAGCCCGGAGGUGUUGGAUAAUCGGACGAUGAAGGCUAUAUUUGCCGAAUACAUGGAGGAGUACAACACGGCCUCACUUCCUGCCAAGUAUUACGAUCUCGACAAGUGGGAACGCGAACAAUCGAUCCGACUGCGAGCAGAAGCCGGCGGUAUGGACCACGAACCAGAGUUUAACAUCCUCAAUGACGAAGAACGCCUAAAACAACACAGCAAAGCCCUCCGCUCCACCGGCGCCGGCAGCAAGCUACCCGAGCUCAACUACUCGGACACGCAGCUAGCGGAGAUCAAGAAGGUUUCUGAGGAGCGUAUUGCGGCGGAUCGGCUGCGGAAGAUGGGGUUCGAGCCGAAGAAUAGUUUGGGGGUGCGGUAUGAGCAGGAUUAGGGGUAGUGGAGGUGGGGGUAAGGGUAGGGGUUGCAAUAUGAGCUACCGUCGCUGUCUUACGCAGUGUGUCCAUCGGCGCUAUGAUUUAUAUUGAAGAUCCGUUCGGUACUGGUGCGUCGAAAAGCAAUGGAGUGAAUAAACGGG